AUGGCUGUCGACUCACACGCCCUUAUUGAGCGCGGCUGGGGUCCUGAGACUCCGGCCAACUACACGAAGAAAGAUGUUAUUCUAUACGCGCUGGGUGUGGGAGCAUCUGAGCUCCGAUAUGUUUACGAGAACAACGAUGAGUUCUCCUGCCUGCCUUCCAUGCCUUUCGCUCUCACUUUCAAGGGAGGUAACUCCGCCGACGUGCUUCCAUUUCCGCCCCAGCACUUCAUGGGUGCCAUGGACCAAAUCCCACCUCGAGGUGAGUUUACAGCCGAUGCUUCGAAUGCUGUACCGCAUCAAAGGACCGGUCUUGGACGGCGAAAGAUCGAUGAAGUUAUUCAAGUCAUUGCCAACUUCGGCCGAGAAUUGGGCGAUGAGGAGCAGGGUCACAGCAAUCUCACAGAAACGCUCGGGAUUACUGACUUGAAGUCAGCUGGAGAACCAUUCAAGGUUAUCGUCGACGUCCCGCAGCGUCCGCCAGAUAGGGAGGUCUCGGAGAUGAUAACAUUGGAACGAGUCCAAACGUACCGUUUGAGUGGUGACUACAACCCACUGCACAUUGAUGACGAUGUCGCUAAGGUCUUUGGAUUCCCUCGUGCUAUAGUGCAUGGUUUGUGCACGUUGGGACAUUCAGUUCGUCAUGUUAUCAAAGAGUUCAGUGACAGUGGUCCUGGUGCAGUUCGCG